UGUGGUGCUGCUUGAGAACAAUAGCAGCGAACUGCGGAAGGAAAUUCGAGCCGUUUAACCGGGACAAACACAGCAGGCGGCAAAAGCAAAGCGCCGUUACAGCCGUUUCAGCGCCUUCGUGCUGUAAGUGCGUCGUGCUUUGUUGGCACCGUUGUUUGAUUUAUUUUGCAUCCACCGACAGGACACUCCGUCGGUUACGGCUGAGAGGACCUCUGCACGCAGUACACUGUUUAUCAUCACCGCGACCGAGUAACCGCGGCGGACGGUGUUGUGUUUGCAACCAGAUGGGAUUAACUUCCUGCUGCGACAUGGCGCGUGGAAACAACACGGAGGGUAACGAGCUGUGGUUAGCUUAGAGGAGCCCCACUAAGGAUCACUGUUACCCCAGUGAAACACAAGCUAGCUCUGAGGCACCGAGGGACCAGCGGCGGUGAGCUAUGGGCGCUCGGCUAACAAAUACCGGAUUUUAACAGCCCUAAUUUCAAAAUAAAAGCCGUCGUUUAUUAACAGACAGAAACAGCUGAACGGACACGCAUUAAAAACACUGAGAGGACGCACAGCAGGUAUCGCGACAUGAGCGACUCCGGGGAAGCAGCCAGUGUCCCCGGCUUCUCCUCCCCGAGCAGCGGGGCUGGGCUGGGGAGAGCACUCGCGGCCCGGGUCAGGACUCUGACCUCCCCACCUCCGCCUGGAAGACUGACGUCCCUCAGAACCCGGGACCUGACGCUGGGGGGCGGCUUCAAAAAGACUAAGAAAACCUUCGAGCCUAACGUCCACGCUGUGAGGAAGAGUAAAGACGAGCUGAAGGAGGAGAUCCACGCGGCGCCGAAAAAGGAGAGAAGAGAUAGGAAUGAGCGGAGGAGAGAGAGCAGAGGGAGGAGGAAGGAGCGGCCGCAGACCAUCCAGUCCCACUCCAUCUUUGAACAGGGUCCUGCUGACAGCGUGCGCAAAACAGGCUGGCAUGGUGCUGCACACCUGCAGGAGUCCGCCACCUCUCCUGUCUGCAAACUGCUCAAGAAAGAGAGGAAAGAGACGAAGGAGGAAGAUGAAGAUGAGAUACUCAGUAAACUUCAGCGAGAUGAUUUCAUCGAUGAUCCGGGUCUGAGGAAUGAUGCAAAGCUGAAGCCCAUCCAGCUGCCUCUGUGUCAGUCCAGCAGUCACACUCUGACCUCCAGGACACGUCCAGAGAGGCCCACUGUGUUCAGACCUCAGUCCUGUGCAGGGACCAGCAGGACCGAGCGGCCUAAAUCAGAGCAGCCGUCGCUGGUAGAGCUGCUGCAGGAUCUCAGCCUAUCCGGCAGGGAGGAGCUCUUCUUCAUGCAGCUGCCCGACUGCAUGCCAGGCAGAGCGUCUGGAGCGAAGGUCGACCUGGCUGCUGGGCCUGCAGCACAGACGCCUGCAACAAAGGAGGGCAAGCACGAAGUGAAGAGGACUCCACAUCUUCAAGCAAAAGUGAGUAGACGGGAUAAACACAUAAAGGACUGACCCAUCCAGAUGUUUGAGCGUGAUUCCCAACAUCAGCCCUGAAAG